CGCCUCCUUUCCUUCUUUCUCCCUCCGCCACCCGAGCACCAGCCGCGCUCUGAGCUACCCCCGGGGUCCCUCCCCCGCCGCCAGAGGAGCAGCUGCCGCCGCCGCCAGCAACAAAUUAGGAGGGAGGAAGGAAGGAAAAGAGGAAGGAAAGGGAGCCGGGGCGACUACCAAGAGGGAGCCGGUGAAUGGGCUUGUGGUGACCCCCGCCCCCCACCCCACCCUCCCUUCCCACCCGACCCCCAACCCCCAUCCCCAGUUAGAGCCGCCGCCCGAGAGGCCGGACCGUCGUCUUAGGAGGAGUCCCCGCCACCACCUCCGCCAUGGAGCUGAUCACCAUCCUCGAGAAGACCGUCUCUCCCGAUCGGCUGGAACUGGAAGCGGCGCAGAAGUUCUUGGAGCGUGCGGCCGUGGAAAACCUGCCCACUUUCCUUGUGGAACUGUCCAGAGUGCUGGCAAAUCCAGGAAACAGUCAGGUUGCCAGAGUUGCAGCUGGUCUACAAAUCAAGAACUCUUUGACAUCUAAAGAUCCAGAUAUCAAGGCACAAUAUCAGCAGAGGUGGCUUGCAAUUGAUGCUAAUGCUCGACGGGAAGUCAAGAAUUAUGUUUUGCAGACUUUGGGCACAGAAACUUACCGGCCUAGUUCUGCCUCACAAUGUGUGGCUGGUAUUGCUUGUGCAGAGAUCCCAGUGAACCAGUGGCCAGAACUCAUUCCUCAGCUGGUGGCCAAUGUCACAAACCCAAACAGCACAGAGCACAUGAAAGAGUCAACAUUGGAAGCUAUUGGUUACAUUUGCCAAGAUAUAGACCCAGAGCAACUACAGGAUAAAUCCAAUGAGAUUCUGACUGCUAUAAUCCAGGGGAUGAGGAAAGAAGAGCCCAGUAAUAAUGUGAAGCUGGCGGCGACAAAUGCACUCCUGAACUCAUUGGAGUUCACCAAAGCAAACUUUGACAAAGAGUCCGAGAGGCACUUCAUCAUGCAGGUGGUCUGCGAAGCCACGCAGUGUCCAGAUACAAGGGUACGAGUGGCUGCCUUACAGAAUCUGGUAAAGAUAAUGUCCUUGUAUUAUCAGUACAUGGAGACGUAUAUGGGUCCCGCUCUUUUUGCUAUCACAAUUGAAGCAAUGAAAAGUGACAUUGAUGAGGUGGCCCUACAAGGGAUAGAAUUCUGGUCCAAUGUGUGUGAUGAAGAAAUGGACUUGGCCAUUGAGGCUUCCGAGGCAGCAGAACAAGGACGACCCCCUGAGCACACCAGCAAGUUUUAUGCCAAGGGAGCACUACAGUACCUGGUUCCAAUCCUCACACAGACACUCACGAAACAGGAUGAGAAUGAUGACGACGAUGACUGGAACCCCUGCAAAGCGGCAGGCGUGUGCCUCAUGCUCCUGGCCACGUGCUGUGAAGAUGACAUCGUCCCACACGUCCUCCCCUUCAUCAAAGAACACAUCAAGAACCCUGACUGGCGGUACCGGGACGCGGCAGUGAUGGCGUUUGGCUGCAUCUUGGAGGGACCGGAGCCUAAUCAACUCAAACCACUUGUCAUCCAGGCUAUGCCCACGCUAAUAGAAUUAAUGAAAGACCCCAGUGUAGUUGUUCGAGAUACAACUGCAUGGACUGUGGGCCGGAUUUGUGAACUGCUCCCUGAAGCUGCCAUCAAUGAUGUCUACUUGACUCCCCUGCUGCAGUGUCUGAUUGAGGGCCUCAGUGCUGAACCCAGAGUGGCUUCAAAUGUGUGCUGGGCUUUCUCCAGUCUGGCUGAAGCUGCUUAUGAAGCUGCAGAUGUGGCUGAUGAUCAGGAAGAACCAGCUACCUAUUGCCUAUCUUCUUCCUUUGAACUCAUAGUUCAGAAGCUCUUGGAGACCACAGACAGACCUGAUGGACACCAGAACAACCUGAGGAGUUCUGCGUAUGAAUCUCUGAUGGAAAUUGUGAAAAAUAGUGCCAAGGAUUGUUAUCCUGCAGUUCAGAAAACUACUCUGGUUAUCAUGGAACGACUGCAGCAGGUGCUCCAGAUGGAGUCACAUAUCCAGAGCACAUCCGAUAGGAUCCAGUUCAAUGACCUUCAGUCUUUGCUCUGUGCAACUCUUCAGAAUGUUCUCCGAAAAGUGCAACAUCAGGAUGCUUUGCAGAUCUCUGAUGUGGUCAUGGCCUCCCUGUUAAGGAUGUUCCAAAGCACAGCUGGGUCUGGGGGAGUGCAAGAGGAUGCCCUAAUGGCAGUCAGCACACUGGUGGAAGUGUUAGGUGGUGAAUUCCUAAAGUAUAUGGAGGCCUUUAAACCCUUCCUGGGCAUUGGAUUGAAAAAUUAUGCUGAGUACCAGGUUUGUUUGGCAGCUGUGGGCUUAGUGGGAGACUUGUGCCGUGCUCUGCAGUCCAACAUCUUACCUUUCUGUGAUGAGGUGAUGCAGCUCCUGCUGGAGAACCUGGGGAAUGAAAAUGUCCACAGGUCUGUGAAGCCACAGAUUCUGUCAGUGUUUGGUGAUAUUGCCCUUGCUAUUGGUGGAGAAUUUAAAAAAUAUCUAGAGGUUGUCUUGAAUACUCUUCAGCAGGCCUCCCAAGCCCAGGUGGACAAGUCAGACUAUGACAUGGUGGAUUAUCUGAAUGAGCUAAGAGAAGGCUGCUUGGAGGCCUACACCGGAAUUGUCCAGGGACUGAAGGGAGACCAGGAGAACGUGCACCCGGAUGUCAUGCUGGUACAACCCAGAGUAGAAUUUAUUCUGUCUUUCAUUGACCACAUUGCUGGAGAUGAGGAUCAUACAGACGGAGUAGUAGCUUGUGCUGCUGGACUGAUAGGGGACUUGUGUACAGCAUUUGGGAAGGAUGUACUGAAGUUAGUAGAAGCUAGGCCAAUGAUCCAUGAACUGUUAACGGAAGGACGGAGAUCGAAGACUAACAAAGCAAAAACCCUUGCUACAUGGGCAACAAAAGAACUGAGGAAAUUGAAGAACCAAGCUUGAUCUGUUACCAUUGGGAUGAUAACCUGAGACCCCCACUGGAAAUCUCCAAUCUUUUGAAAAACCCGGAAGUGAGGAGUGUGCACGGAUGCUGAAUGUUUGGGAAUGAGAGGAUGAGUGAGUGAGGCUUGAAAACACACCACAUUGAAAAUCCUGCCGCAGCAGCAGCCGCAGCCGCCAACAGCAGCGCUGUUAGUGAGCUAAGUAAGCACUGACUUCGUAGAAAACCAUAACGUCGGCCAUCUUGGAAAAGAGAAAAACGAUGGAUUUACUUGCUUAGGGGGAAAAAAAAGAAAGUUAUCUCUUCCCAGGAGAGGCUAGAACUAGCUUUUCUGUCUUUUGGCCGGUGCCGAGUGGAGUGACUGGUUUGGGAGAGGAGGAGGGACUGGGUUCAGCUGUGGUGCUUUGUUGUAAAAGGCAGCCUGGCCUUUGCUACUGAUAAGGAAGAUGGAGCCUGGGUCUCAAGCCCACCUUUGGUGUACCUUUGCCACACGGUACUGUUCGCGUGCCGGCUAAAAGGAGGGUGAGGGAUUCUUUACAGUCUGAGAAUGAGUGUGUGUGAGUGAGGCGGUAUCCACAUUCUCAACUUCAAGUCAUUGCAGUUUCUUUUUCCCAGAAAAAAAGGGGUUAGAUGUUGCAUUUCAUAAAACUAACCGAAGUUCUGUCUACUGAUGCAGCACAAGAGAUGUGUUUAAAAAAAAAAAAAAAAAAAGGAAA